AUGGCGGCUCUGGGCAGCCCGGCGGCCGCGCUCUGCCGCUCGCUGCUGCGGCCCCGCGGCCCCGGCCAGGCGGCGGCGCGGCGCGGGGUGCGGGCGCUGCGGCGGAGCCCCGUGCGGGUGCUGCCGCCGCGGGACAAGCGGAACGCGCCGGCGGCCGAGGCGCGGCAGGAGCCCCCGGAGCCGCCGCCGCCCGCCGUGGAGCGGAGCUCGGCCGGGCCGGGGCUGUGGUACGAGAAGGCGGCGCCCGGUGACCGGAGGCUGGGAAAAGUGGUGACUAUCGCCAAGUCGAAGAAGUUCCGGGAUCAGCACGGGAAGGUCCUGCUGGAGGGCCACAGGCUGAUCAGGGACGCGCUGGAGGCGGGAGCUGUGCUGCAGACUCUCUUCUUCAGCACCGUGGGGCACCUGAAGGAGCUGCCCCAGGCGCAGCUGAAACAAGCCAACUUGGUUAAGGUGAAAUUUGAAGACAUUAAGAGCUGGUCUGACCUUGUAACUCCUCAGGGGCUUAUAGGGAUCUUUUCCAAGCCAAACCAUGCCAAGAUGUCUUAUCCUGCUGCUCAGCUCACCAGCUCCUUGCCACUGCUCCUCAUCUGUGACAACAUCCGAGAUCCGGGGAACCUGGGGACUAUUCUGAGAUCUGCAGCAGGAGCAGGCUGUGAGAAAGUGCUGCUCACCAAAGGCUGCGUGGAUCCGUGGGAGCCGAAGGUGCUCCGUGCAGGGAUGGGAGCCCACUUCCGUCUGCCCAUCGUCACCAGCCUGGACUGGGAGUCAGUUCCUGACAACCUUCCUGCCGGCGUCCGCGUCUGCGUGGCCGACAACCGAGACCCAGCCACCGCCUCGCUGCUGGGGGGAGCUGGCGGGGCAGCCUCUGCUCCUGGCAGCCCGAAAUCCAGACCCAAAGCUGCUCCUGAGGAUGAGGAUGAGGCUGAGGAUGAGGAGGGUGGCUGUGUCCCUGAGCUGUCUGCACAGUACUACUAUGAGGACUGGACGGGGGCCGCGGUGGCCGCGGUGGUGAUCGGCGGAGAGACGCAGGGGGUGAGCGCGGCCGCGCGCCGCCUCGCAGCCAGCACCCGCGGCAGCCGCCUCGUCAUCCCCGUGGUGCCCGGCGUGGACAGCCUCAACUCUGCCAUGGCUGCUGCCAUCGUGCUCUUUGAGGGCAAGAGACAGUUGCUGCAGAGGCACAAGCAGGAAGGCAAAAGGCAGAAGCUGCCUGUAGUGGGCUGAAGAGCUGAGGUUUGGGUGCUGGAGAAGCGGCGUGCUGGGGCGUUAAUAAAGGAGCAGCUGAA